AUGAUGCCCCGUAAAGCUUUUCUUUCCCAGAAAGAAAAGCAGGCUCGUGCCAGGGAAAGGGAUAUGUUAAAAAAGAGGAGGAGGCGACAAGACUAUCUCAAAAGAAGCGUGGAGCCGCAGAAAAAUGCAGAAACAAUAAAAUGGCACAGGGAUGAUGAGAAGAGGAGAGAAAAUGAGCAAGUUAAGGACAAAGAUAUCAAGAAGCGAUGGAGACAGGAGACAGAGCGACGGAAGAAUGUGGACGCUAUGAAUUGGCGCAGGGAAGAUGAGAAGAGGGAAAAUGAGCGAGAAACUAUGUUCCAACUUCCUGUCAACAACCUUGGCAGUUUAAGAAAGGCCCGGAAAACUGUGAAAAAAAUACUUAGUGACAUUGGUUUGGAAUACUGUAAAGAACAUAUAGAAGAUUUUAAACAGUUUGAACCUAAUGACUUUUAUUUGAAAAACACUACAUGGGAAGAUGUAGGAUUGUGGGACCCAUCGCUUACAAAAAACCAGGACUAUCGGACAAAGCCCUUUUGCUGCAGUGCAUGCCCGUUUUCCUCGAAGUUCUUUUCAGCAUACAAAAGCCACUUCCGGAAUGUUCAUAGUGAAGACUUUGAAAAUAGGAUUCUCCUUAACUGUCCAUACUGUACUUUCAACGCGGACAAAAAGACUUUGGAAACGCACAUUAAAAUCUUUCAUGCUCUAAAUGCCAAUACACCGAGUGGAGGCAUCAGCACUUUUAAAGAUAAAAACAAACAUGAUAGCCUUAAACCCAAGCAGGCUGACAGUGUAGAACAAGCUGUUUAUUACUGUAAGAAGUGCACUUACCGAGAUCCUCUGUAUGAAAUAGUUAGAAAGCACAUUUACAGGGAACAUUUUCAGCAUGUUGCCGCUCCUUACGUAGCGAAGGGAGGUGAGAAGUCACUCAAUGGCGCGGUUCCGUUAAGUUCCGGUACCCGAGAGGAGGGUAGUAUUCACUGCAAACGAUGCCUUUUUAUGCCGAAAUCGUACGAAGCUUUAGUACAGCAUGUCAUCGAAGACCACGAACGUAUAGGAUAUCAGGUAACGGCGAUGAUAGGUCACACUAAUGUAGUGGUUCCAAGAUCUAAACCUUUGAUGCUGAUAGCUCCAAAACCGCAGGAUAAAAAGCCUAUGGGACUCCCUCAGAGGAUGGGUCCCCUUUCCGCUGGAAGUGUUCGAUCUCUUUCCUCACAGCAGAUGAUGAACAGACUCACGAUACCAAAGCCUACGUUGAAUUCCGCGGGAGUGAAUAUGAUGUCAAAUGUUCACCUACAGCAAAACAACUACGGAGUCAAAUCGGUACCGCCGAGUUACGUCGGUCAGCCGGGGGGAAGGCUAAACUUGAGCGGUAACGCACCGGUUUCUAUUUCACAGCAGUCGCAAACCAUGAAACAGUUUUCAACGAGUGGCAAUGGAAGGCCUUACACUCUCGGAGGGGAACAGAGAUCACAGGCCUCGGCAAGAUACUCUCUUCAGUCUGCCAAUUCAUCUUCGCUUUCCUCAGCUCAGCUGAAACAGGCGUCGUUAUCUCAGUCACAGGCAGCUUCAAGAGUACUAGGGCAGUCUGGCUCUAAAUCUCCUGUAGCUGCUACAGGCCCUUCCGCUGUCAAUACAUCAUCCACCCAGAAGUGGAAAAUCUGUACAAUCUGUAAUGAGCUGUUUCCUGAAAAUGUGUAUAGUGUCCACUUUGAAAAGGAGCACAAGGCCGAAAAGGUGCCUGCAGUAGCUAACUAUAUAAUGAAAAUACACAAUUUCACUAGCAAAUGUCUAUACUGUAACCGCUAUUUACCUACUGAUACGUUGCUUAAUCAUAUGUUAAUACAUGGUCUGUCGUGUCCAUAUUGCCGUUCGACCUUCAACGACGUCGAAAAGAUGGCCGCGCACAUGCGCAUGGUUCACGUUGAUGAAGAAAUGGGACCUAAAACUGAUUCCACUCUAACCUUUGAUUUGACAUUGCAGCAGGGUAGUCACACGAAUAUACAUCUCCUUGUCACCACCUACAACCUGAGAGAUGCUCCUGCUGCAUCUGUAGCUUACCCUGCUCAGAAUACCCCCCCAGUUCCUCCAAAACCGCAGCCGAAAGCCCAGGAGAAGUCUGAUGUACCUGUAAAAAGUUCUCCACAAGCAGCAGUGCCCUACAAAAAAGAUGUGGGGAAAACUCUCUGUCCUCUGUGCUUUUCAAUCCUAAAAGGACCCAUCUCUGAUGCACUUGCACAUCACCUACGGGAGAGGCAUCAGGUAAUUCAGACGGUUCAUCCGGUGGAGAAAAAGCUGACCUACAAAUGCAUUCAUUGCCUUGGUGUAUAUACGAGUAACAUGACCGCCUCAACCAUAACGCUGCACCUCGUUCACUGCAGAGGUGUGGGCAAGACUCAGAACGGCCAGGACAAAGGUACGUCCUCCUCUCGGCUUGGUCAGUCUCCAGCUGUCGCCCCCGUGAAACGUACUUACGAGCACAUGGAAUUCUCGCUCAUGAAGAAAAGGAAAAUGGACGAUGACGACUCCCCCUCUGCCUUUGAGGAGAAGCCUGAAGAACCUGUAGUUCUAGCGUUGGACCCCAAGGGUCAUGAAGAUGAUUCCUACGAAGCCAGGAAAACUUUUCUUACAAAAUACUUCAACAAGCAACCGUAUCCCACUAGGAGAGAGAUUGAAAAGCUGGCUGCCAGCUUGUGGCUCUGGAAAUCUGAUAUUGCGUCUCAUUUUAGUAACAAGAGGAAGAAAUGUGUUAGAGAUUGUGAAAAAUACAAACCUGGUGUGCUGCUUGGUUUCAAUAUGAAAGAGUUAAAUAAGGUCAAACACGAAAUGGAUUUUGAUGCCGAAUGGCUGUUUGAAAACCACGAUGAAAAGAAUUCCAGGGUCAAUGUGAGUAAGACUGUUGAUAAAAAAAUAAACUUGGGAAAAGACAAUGAAAGUUCCUCAGACAGCUAUGAGCAUCUAGAGGAGGAAUACAAUGAAAGCGGUAGUCCGUUCGGUCAGCGUAUCUCUGAUGUUGGUGGGAAAACCUCUUCUGAUAGCACGGCGGGGAACCCAGAGGACAGCAUAUCCAAGGAAAUCCCUGAAGAAGAUACAGAACGGUCGCCGGAGAAGUCUGGCCAAAAACAAGAGGAAAGCUCUAAAUUUGAAGAGAUUAUUUCUGGUGAAGAACCAGCGAAACUGGUAGGUGAUGUUUCGGACAGCGAAGUUGACCAGGAUGAUCAGGACGACGCUGUUGAGUGGAAAGAUGGAGCCUCCCAGUCUGAAAGCGGGCCUGGUUCUCAGCAGGUUUCCGAUUUUGAAGAUAACACGUCGGAAGUAAAACCAGAAGUGUGGACAGACGAAUCCUCCCAAAGUGAAGAUGCUGGUAGCAGUAAACCAACUGCUGAGGUGCAAGGGGGUGGAUCUGAAAGUGAUGAAGAACACUCUAAGUGGAAGAAUCGUUCCUAUGGAAAAGUAGAAGAGUUUUGGUCUAAGGACCAGUCGCAGUGGAAAAACGCGUCGGAGAUCGAGGAGAGCUUGUCAAAUCAGCAGAUGGAGUGGCAGAACAGCACAAUUGACAGCGAGGACGGUGAUCAGUUUGACAGCGUGACUGCUGGAGUAGCAGAACCGAUGCACAGCAGCUUAACGGGUGUUGAGCUGAGCAGCCAGCAAGCGUAAGCCGCUCCACCUGGAAGCGUCAGUGCUGCCAUCCGACCUGCAGCUGUCCCAACACCUUCAUUUCAGUGUGACUGCUCAGCUUAGUUCAGACUGGGACUGCCCUUCGAGUGCUAGGUGACGGGGUGUGGUGGCUGUGGCCACUGACACUCCAGUGGUUAUUUAAGGAUGCUGUUGGCUAAUCUUGCUUGAGAAAACCUGCUGGGAUGAGCACAGUAACGUAAUGUGAAAACGGAGAAGCUGGUGGCUCCAGAAUGCACACAGAGAAAAGCAGAGGUUUGUUUUAUCUGCAUUUUCAACAUUUAUUUCACUCUUGUACAUGUUCAGUUGUAUGUCUUUUUAAACAUUACCCUUUUUCACAUGGUAGUGUAGGGCCAGCCAUACAAGCUACCAGUUCGACGUGUAUAGUAGACUAUGGGGAAAUUGAUUUUUUUCAUGUAUCAUUCUGAAUAGUUGAAAUGUAUAUUUGUACAGUCUUUUAGACCUAUUCAAGUGAAGCUUAUGAAAUUGUUCUUGUGUACCCAUCAUAGGUUUGUUUCUCUUUUUUAGUGUUGCCCUGCUGUGUAAUAAAUGCUGUAUCUAGUUUACCUAGCAAAAGCUUGAAACUGCUAUAGUAUGAAUUUUGACAAACUUAGUUUUUGCACAUAACCUUGUACAAUCUCGAAACAGAGGCCAGCGACAUAAAAAAAUAUAUCUGGACUCUAUUGUAUUAUAGAAUUUUCUUGUUCUGAAUACCCUUGACAUUACAACUGAUGACAAAACGUAUUUCAGAGCCAUUUUCUGAAAUCUUUUAAGCUAAAAAAGAAAAAUCACAUGCAAGAAACAAGUUUGCAGCUACUAAUUUUGACACCUUUUAGAUCUGUAUAAAAGUGUAUUGUGUUGAAGCAGCACACUGAAACAAAAGUGCUGUGUUUUGAAUAUUUAGUUUUAUCUUUAGUUAACACCAACAAGGUGUUGUAUUCAUUUAUACCAUCUAAUAUAUGACACACUGUUGUAGUAUGUAUAAUUUUGUGAUCUUUAUUUCCCUUUGUAUUCUUCAUUUAAGCAUCUAAAUAAAUUGCUGUAUUGUGCUUAAUGUAAA